AUGCAGUCGAUGAUCAGUGAGGUUGUCAAGUUUGUCGGUGAUAUGCAGUUGUCCACUUAUAAGACGGACGUUCGUCCUUUGUGUUUCCUGGAAUUUUGCGAACUGGUAUGCAAAAUUCUGCUAUGGGCUGUUUUUCCUUCAUUGUAUCCAUUGGUUACAUGCUUGGAAUGUUUUGUAGGAAACUUUUCCAUCCCUGAAACUACGCUUCGAGGUCAACGUUUAUCCAAUAAUGAAUUCCUAGUUCCACCAAACGUUAGGUUUGCAUCAUUUGUGCCUUUUGAAAGAUGUUGCGAAACAGAAUUUGAAACCGUGUUUAUUAAAGAAUGCCGCCACACCGGUUUGAUCCCGUACAUGCUGGGAGGUCAUCAGCCUAUCGUCUGUAGGGGGGAGGCACUACUGGAAACGAGGUGCUCUGAUCCGGGUGAACAGAUACAAACACAGCCAUGCGUGAUUCGAAGAAUUCAUAAAAAUACAAUGUUCUGUUCCAGCAACAUUCACCUGUACUGUUGUGUGUUCAAUUCCAUCCUAACAAUCGUGGUGGUAGUCGUUCUCAUCCACAUUAUGACCAAGAUAUACCGACCAACAACAGCGAAGAAUCCCAGUGGUCCGGUAUCGGUUCCACAUUGUGAAAGCGGCCGUCGUCCGAAUGAUCUAGGGGCGAAUCCUCAUCUUUGUCGUUUCAAUUCAUGUUACUGGUGCUCACUCCAGUUCCCUGAACUAAAAGAACACAUGAAAGAGUUCUAUUCAGAUACAUUCUGCUACACUAGCGGACGCAGAAUAACCGUAUGUCCGGCAAUGUUGUGGAAUGUAGGUAGCUCGGUUGCGCUGUUUGGUUGUUGGUCUGUUCGCCGAGUUUGGCAGUUGGGUUGCAACCGUUUCAUCACCAAUCGAGGUGACAUCUGCAGGGUUGAGUGGGUGAAUUCCUCCUCUUCUGCCUGUGAUUAUAUAGCUUCUAAACAGUAUCUGGUAUACUAUAUAGUGCUAUAUAGCCGCAGGCAAGAGAGGAGGAAUUCACCCACUCAACCCUGCACUGACGAUGUCACCUCGAUUGGUGAUGAAACGGUUGCAACCCAACUGCCAAACUCGGCGAACAGACCAACAACCAAACCGUAUAUCCUUUAG